AUGGAAAGUCUUGAGCAGAAAAUUCAAGAAGCAGAAGAAUUUCGUGAUAAGUAUUUUUUGCAUCACCCUGGUUCGGUCGAUUCAGUUGAGAAACAAAAAGCUGUGAGAGAAAAAAUAUUGCCACUGCUUCAGGAUAUUCCCUUGGAAACACAGGGUUCAUCUUCGUCUACUGCAAGGUACAACUUGGUAUGUGGUAGAAUUUUAAAUGUAGCUCACGAAUAUGACCCGAAAUGUGAGAAACAUCUCACACAUGCUAUUAAAAUGGAGCCUUCAUUGGGUGAAGCCUGGUAUGAACUAGGAGAAUGUCUUUGGAAAAAAAAGGAUUAUGAAUCAGCAACUGAUUGCUUCAAGACGUCGCUGGAACGAAAGCGGACGGCCAAAUGUUUGUGCGCGUUAUCUAUGUCGUUGAGACAGCAGGCGCAGCAAAUAAGGAGCAAUGAUAAAGGAAGUAAAGAAAAACAAGAGCAUCUCUUUGCCGAAUCUUCAAAGUUGUGUGAGGAGGCUGUAGUUCUUGACAGAGAUGACGGUCAUGCCUGGCACGCUCUUGGAAACGCAAAACUUUUACAGUUUUUUACAAAUUGUCAAAAGAAUUUUAAUUUAAUGCAAGAAGCAAAGGAUGCAUAUGAAAUGGCGCUCAGUAAGGGAAACGAAUAUCUGAAUCCUGAUCUGCACGCAAAUUAUGCAACAGCUUUAAAAUUCACUCAGGAUUAUGCAUCAUGUAUCAAACAUUUGAAAGAUGCGUGUACUUAUGACCCAUCUUGUGGAGAAACAAAGGAGACCCUGCAGUCUUUGAGUUCCUUCCUUUUGCAACUAAAUGAAGCCGUUAAACGCAAAGGUAAACUAAAACCGAAACGCUUGCUGCGUUUCCAAAAAUCUAUCAACAAGAGCGAUCUUGGUUUAUAUGGUAUUGAGAGGAAAGAAACGAGUGGGUCCGAGAACAUUAAACGUCUUCGAGAGGUUAAUUUUUUGGACCUGAAAGAAGGUAGCAAUGGUGAUCUUAUUACCUGCGGUAAAGUGAUCGGUAUCGUUCCGAACUCAGAAACGAGAAUUGGCAAUCGCGUUGUUUUUUCUAGUACAUUCGUGGGUUGUGACAAAACUGGAAGCUGUAUUGCUUUUUCGGUUUACAAUUGUUCGUCAAAAUUUGGAUUUAUAAUCGGCGAUUCAUUUGCUGUCCCUGAGCCCUAUGUUAUAGAUGUAAAGGUUGACGGGUUAAAAAAUAUAAACGCAAGUGGAACUUCGUCAGACAUUGAUUUUCGAUUGGUCAGGAUCACAGACUCGUGGAUAAUGGCGAAGAAUGGGAAACUUCUAUCGAGAGACUUCAUUGCUUAUUGUGAAAUGCGAUAGGGAAAUUUUCAAAUUUUGAAAGUUGAGCUAGCAGUUGCUGAAGUUAUUUUUAAUGUUGGAGUCCCAAUAUCUGGAGCUUUCCUCACAUUUGCUUCAAAACAGUGA